AUGUCUCGUGCGAUUUCGUUCGUUACCGGUAAUGCGAAAAAACUCGAAGAGGUGCGCGCCAUCCUGGGGCCGACCUUUCCCCAGGUUGUGGCCGUAAAACUGGACCUUCCGGAGCUGCAGGGUGAAAUCGAUGAUAUCUGCAAGCGCAAGUGCCUGGAAGCGGCCCGUCUGGUUCAGGGUCCGGUAAUGGUGGAGGACACGUGUUUGUGUUUCAAUGCGCUUAAAGGACUUCCAGGUCCAUACAUCAAAUGGUUCCUCGACAAGCUGGGACCAGAGGGAUUGCAUAAGCUGCUGACCGGAUGGGAUGACAAAACUGCAACUGCGAUCUGCACGUUCGCCUUUACCGACCAACCGGAAGGUGAGGUGCUAGUGUUUCAAGGUCGCACCGAAGGCACGAUCGUGGAACCACGAGGACCCCGAGAUUUCGGCUGGGAUCCGAUCUUUCAACCGAUCGGAUACGACACAACGUACGCCGAGAUGCCGAAGGAGAAGAAGAAUGAAAUCUCGCACCGGUUCCGAGCACUGGACAAGCUGAGGGACUACUUCAAAGCGAAAUAAACUGUAAUUUUCUUUUCUUUAUUAUAUUUCACUACAA